AUGAUUCCCAGCCCAAGGACGCCACGGCAGUCCACUAUAGCGAGACCCUCCCGAGCCAGGCAGAGGCCGUCCCCUGCUACUGCAAACAACUUCGCUGCCGACUCGAGCAUCAUCGCAGCCACGGAGCCGCCACUCAAACGACGCCGGUACACACCAAGUGGCCCAGAACCCGCUUCAGCCCUGCAGGAUAAGGAGAACGACGACAUACCAGCCACGGUUGGGGCCACCAACGGCCGAACGCGACAGCGCCAGUCCAUGAUGGCCGGCGCCACAGCCUCUCCCUCCCUCUACCCUCGUCGCGAACGAAGCACACGGAUCAGGACGUCCACGCGGCAUGCCGAUCAAGACGAUGAGAUACAGAUCAGCUCAGCUGCCGCGGUCGCAGCCGCUGUAGUCCAGAGCGAAGGCUAUAAACCUAGGGAAGAGCGCGGUUGGGAGGAGUUCCACCCGAAUCUCGACAUUGAAUCGACCUUCAUGAUAUAUCAUGCCGACGACGUUGAUGGCACUGUCAGAUCUGCACCUCCGACGCCUUCCGCCUCGCGAACUACCAGCGACCUCAAUAUAGUCAACAAUAGCAUAGCUAGUCCCAGCAAAGACCCUGCUGUGGCAAAUCUUGCCUCUGCAUCAGACACGCCCACCACAGACAGUGUAUCCACGCCUUUGGGACAGGGCUUGCUGCCAGGAACACCGACUCGUUCGCGGCGCAAUGUCCGGCCCCCUCGCGACUCCUUUUAUCCACGUCCAGAGCUUACCAGUGGCCCGAAAGUUCCCACGGUACUCCCUAUCCACAACCAAACUCCAAAGGAACGGUUGGACCUCAAAUUACCCUCUUAUCGAAAGACAGACCGUAUCUUGCUUUUCGAGAGCAAGAAGUUUGGGCAAGCGCGCUAUGUCGACAAGGCCAUGAUGAAUGUCGGUUAUCAGGAGAGCGAUAAUUACAUUUGCCCAGAUCGCAGGCUGAUUACGGCGAGUGAUGCCAACCUGGAAGAUGAGUCUGAGAGCAUGGCAAUCUCUCAAGCCGAGGUCGAAUCUGUCUCACAGCAUUCCGGCAUUUUCCUUGGUCGAGUUGAGUACGACAUGGAUGAGCAAGAUGACAUGUGGCUUGAGGCCUACAAUGUCCAUCGGAAGUCGCAGGGGUGGAAUCCUGUCACCAGAGAGGUCUUUGAAAUAACGAUAACAAAGAUCGAGAAAGAGUGGCACGCCCUUGAGAAGAGGAUACCAAAGCCCAAUCCAAAGCCACCGCAGACACAUCGGCCGCGUUCCAGCUCAGCUGCGGCCGUUAAUGGCGAGCCCCAGGCUGGCGAGGAGCAGGACAGCAAAUGCGCCAUAUGCGACGACGGUGAUUGUGAAAACACAAACGCUAUCGUCUUCUGUGACGGUUGCGACUUGGCGGUGCACCAAGAGUGCUAUGGUGUCCCUUUUAUCCCCGAAGGUCAAUGGUUGUGUCGGAAGUGUCAGCUCAUCGGGCGCGGUGUCCCUACAUGCAUAUUCUGUCCCAAUUCGGACGGCGCUUUCAAGCAGACGAACUCUUCCAAAUGGGCACAUCUGCUAUGCGCCAUGUGGAUACCUGAGGUUACCCUCGGCAACCAUACCUUCAUGGAGCCUGUUAUGGACGUUGACAAGGUGCCCAAAAGCCGAUGGAAGCUGACUUGCUAUAUUUGUCAACAACAAAUGGGCGCGUGCAUCCAGUGCGGUAACAAAUCGUGCUAUCAGGCGUUCCAUGUCACGUGCGCACGGCGGGCGCGUCUCUUUCUUAGGAUGAAGAACGCCUCUGGCGCCCUAGAUGUCCUCGACGGCAGCACAAACCUCAAAGCCCUGUGCGAUAAGCACUGUCCAACAGAGUACUCCAAAGAGAACGACGUCAUCCGUGCGACGAGGCGCGCCAAGAAAUACUACAAGCGAACUAUGCGUGAUCGCAUUUGGGCGACCAAUCAAGCAUCCGCAAUCGCACUGGCCGCUACGCAUAGAAAUGCCAUCACCGACCACCCUCCCGACGAAUCGCAGAUGACCGGUGCUAAGAUGUCCGCGGCGCUCGGAGAUAAGAAUGCUCAGCCAGGCAAGCCGAUUUGGAAACUGCCUUCGGGUGCACCUGUUAUCCCACAAGCCGUCUUUGAAGUUGUCGAGACUUCUCUGCAGCGCUUCAAUUUCUUGAAACGAAGGGAGUUCGUCAGUGAUGCGUGCCGUUAUUGGACCCUGAAGCGCGAGAUGCGCCGCGGCGCUGCACUGCUGAAACGACUUCAGCUGCAGAUGGAGACGUUUUCCUCCAUGGAAUUGACCCGUCGAAACUUUGCAGCGAUGGGGCCCGUCGGCAAAGCUCGCUUGAACCGCCGUAUCGAAUUUGCUCAGGCUCUGAUCAACGAUCUCGAGCAAUUGAGGAACCUGUCCAAUCAAGUCGUACAGCGGGAGCAGCAAAAGCUGGAAGCCGCGGAGCUUGAGCAAGAUUUCAUCGACACGUGCUACUUCCCCGUGCAUAGAAUGCUCUCUCCUGUCGUCGAGAAAGCACUUUCGCUGGACAAGAAGUUAUUCGAGACGAGCCUUGUCGGGCUGCAGAACAAGGUGGACGAGCGAUACUAUACUGCCACUCUGGCAUUUGUCCAUGAUCUUUGCGAUGUGAUCAACACGGUGAUCAACUCUGAGCCCAAACCAGUGACACAACCUCAACCAAAGCUCGAGUCUGUUGUCGCGCCAGUUAGGCACGACUUCUCAGAUAUCCGGGAUCGCAAAAGACUAGGCAAGCGGAUUCUCAAGUCUGUGCAACCACAACUAGAGUCUGCACUGCGCAUAGAGGCCGAUGCAACACACAAGACAUUUGAUACGCUCAAAAUUGAGCUUGAAAGUUUGCUUGAGAGCAGUCUCGAGGUGCGGCCAAGCAAGCAAACGAACUCGGCACAGCAAGGAGAACCUGGUGUCAGCCAAGAUGUCAUUAUGGUAGACUCAUCUGCAGCAGAGAUUACUGUCGGUGGCGAGGCCUCAGAUGAUGGCGCCACGACUGAUAUUGCCAUGGUCGAUGCUGAUGGUGAGGUCGAUGAAGAUCGCAACAUCGAGGUUGCUACGUCAGGCAACGAUGGCACUGAGCCACACACUGUUCUCAGAGGCAAGAGGAGAACAGCUGACAAAAAGGCGGAGUCGUCGGAUAUAGAGCCCGUGGACACGCCACCAGCCACCAACGGCUAUGUCACGGCACCUGCUUCCGUGCAGCCUGGGCCUCCAACUCCACCACAAUCGAAUGGUAGUUUUGGACGCCACUUUACAGAGUCUCUUGCUGAAGGCGGCAUUCUCUGGUAUCUCAAGGAUUUUGAGCCGAGCGGGACUACUGCAGUCCCUGAACCACCUCAGCCGGAACGUAUUGCAGCACGAAGUCCUAGCGAAGCGCUGACGGAGAUGGACGAUGACGAGCUUACUGGGCUCGGUGCCGAGAUCAACGAAGGCAGUAUCACGGCGUCCCCAGCAAUGAGCAACAAGAACGCCAAGCCAGUUGACGAAGGUGCUCUGGAUGACGAUGAUGAAGAUAAAGCUGCCGUCAUAACGACGCCAAGCGCAAAGAGCGCUAACAGCCCAGUCAAGAAGAGCGCAAGCAAGUCAAGGAAACGCAAGGUCACAUACAGACGACGCUAG